GCAGUUAAAUGUGAGAUGGCGUCCGGUUCGUUUGUGUUUUGACAUUUCUGAUAAACAAAACCGAUAAAUAUAAAUUUCGCGGUAGCUCACACUGGUUUUAAUUAAAAUAAUUUCGGAAUGAUCUUUAAUAAACAUGUUAUCCUUGAAUAUUGUGUUUGAAGUAAGUAUUUAGAUGGUUAUGGUCUGUUAUCAUAAUUUUGACAUCCUUAAGUGCACUCGCUUUCAGCCUUAAAGGCAUAACUAGAUUUUGUUUUUAUUUGGUACCUACCUGGAAGAUUCUGUGAUAAUACCAAAAUUUUGUUGUAAAAAGCGUUUCUUUGUAUGUGUUCAUCUUGCUUUUAAAGGAUAUCUGAUUCACCAAUGAAUGCAACAUCCUCUAAAACAAUAAUUACUUUCGGAAUUAGAUAAGUGCAGAUAUGAGGAUAAGAAAUUAAACACUAAAAAUAAAAGCAAAGCAAAUCCACCAUGACGAUGUCGAACAGAAUAUGCAGAAGAAUGUCGCCCAGAUGUUUCGCCUUGUCGGCAAUAGGCCUAACAGUUCUACUAUGCGUGUAUUACACCAGCUACACAUCAGAUGUAAAUCAGAGGGUGGAUCAGAGUCAACGGGCUGAAAUUUCAGGUAGCAGACAAACACAAAGGUUCUUUAGAAACAUUAUCAGAAACACAGAACGCUACGGUCAGGACAAGUCCUUUGAAGUUUGUCCAAAGUUAACUGCUGCAGAAGCCGACGUCAACACCGUAGAAGUGUAUAAAGACUUUGAGUUUCAGCCAUAUUGGAUGAAGAGUAAAGAGUAUUGGGACAAAACUUUCGAAGAUAGAUAUGAACGACAAAAGAUGGAUCCAGAAAGACCACAUCUUAAAGUUAUAAUAGUACCCCAUUCGCACAAUGACCCAGGUUGGUUGAAGACCUUCGAGAACUACUUCCAUUCGUCUUCAAGACAAAUAAUGAACAAUAUGGUAGCUAAAUUGCAACAAUACAAAAAUCUUACUUUUAUGUGGUCUGAAAUUUCGUUUUUGAACGCUUGGUGGGAAGAGGCUCAUCCCAGUAAACAAAGGGCUUUAAAAGAUUUUGUUCAUUCCGGAAGAUUAGAAAUUACUACAGGUGGAUGGGUUAUGACGGACGAAGCCAAUUCACAUGUGUAUGCUAUGGUUGACCAGCUAAUCGAAGGUCAUCAAUGGGUACUUAACAAUUUGGGCAUAAAACCUCAAUCAGGUUGGUCAGUAGAUCCCUUUGGUCAUGGCAGCACUGUUCCAUACCUUCUGGCAGCUUCUGGUCUAAAGGGUACUGUUAUUCAACGAAUCCACUACGCUUGGAAACAAUGGCUAGCAAUGAAACAGUAUGGCGACUUCCGAUGGAUACCUAACUGGACCCCUGCCGAUCCUUAUGGAUCCAUUCUGACGCAUAACCAACCUUUCGAUAUUUAUUCUAUUAAACAUAGCUGCGGACCGCAUCCUUAUAUUUGCCUGAAUUUUGAUUUUAGAAAGGUGCAGGGCGAAUAUACAGAGUACUCCUUAAAAGCUCAAGCAAUUACAGAUAAAAACGUUAAGGAAAAAGCGGAAUUGUUAUUAGAGCAAUACGCCCGAACAGGAUCAUUGUUUCCUCAUAACACGGUUUUGAUGCCUUUGGGAGACGACUUUAGAUACAAUGUCAAAGAAGAAUGGGAUCAGCAAUACACGAAUUACAUGAAACUGAUCGAUUAUAUCAAUGCCAAUAAAAAUACUUAUAAAACUGAUAUCAGUUUCGGAACACCAGCUAUGUAUUUUGAGGAAAUUGUUAAGCGAUAUAGCCAGUUUCCCACAUUAAAAGGAGAUUUUUUCGUAUAUUCAGACAUCUUCACUGAAGGCCGACCCGCUUAUUGGUCUGGAUAUUUUACAACCAGGCCCUUUAUGAAAUUAUUAGAUAGAGAAUUAGAAAGUUCCCUUCGAGGUGCCGAGAUUCUUUACACCAUUGCUCUUAAUAAGGCAAAACAAAAUAAGUUGGCGUCAUAUUUGAAAGUUCUAGAGAGAGACUUUGAGAAAUUGAUUAGGGCACGACGAUACUUAGGACUGUUUCAACAUCAUGAUGCCAUCACGGGUACCAGUAAAUCAUUUGUAAUGAGAGAUUAUGGAUUAAAGUUGUUUGAAGGGAUUAGAGAUACUGUUAACAUCCAACAAAACGCCCUUCAAAGCCUAUUAUUUCCAGACAUUCCUAUUAAGCCUGACCAAAAUCUGGUUUUAAGUGAUAUUGAACGAGAAUCCUUUGAAAAGCUUCCUCGAAAAACACCAUUGCAAAUAGGAACUGUAGGUGUCAAUCAGUCGAGAAGAAUUAUUGUCUAUAAUUCUUUAAGUUCACCCCAAGAACAAGUUAUACAGCUCAGAGUCAAUACCAGCACCGUAAAAGUGGUUGACAGUGAUGGCCUCAAUGUUGCUUACCAAAUUAACCCCGUGUGGGACCUUACCGAUUUUUCGAAGAUGUACAUAGCUGCGGAUGAAUUCGAAUUAGUAUUCAUAGCCAAACUACCAGAACUGUCUGUUACGUCGUUUAAUAUUGUGUAUGAAGCAUCUGUCAAAGAAAAACUCACUACCAUUUAUUGUAAGAAUUGUCAAAAGUCAACUACAAUUAUUAGUACUGAAAACGAGGUGAAGGCGGAGACCUUAAAAUCACAAUUUAAUAUUAAGGAUAUUCCUCCUGGAGAUAUUCAGUUAGAAAAUAAUAAGUUUAAGGUAUUAUUUAAUGGAAAUACAGGGUUUAUGAAGACUAUAACUAGAAAACAUAACCCCAAAAUAAUGCAGUGUGGAAUUCAAUUUGCCGCUUACCGUAGUGCUCAAUUCCACUCAGGAGCGUACCUGUUCAUGCCUGAUCCCAACGAAAGAGACUACGAGAAGGACGUCCUAUCCCAAUAUAAAGAUCAAAAGAGUAUUAUUAUAACGAGUGGACCUCUCUCUACGGAAAUUACAGUGAUCUAUGGACCAUUCUUGAUGCACACUGUAACUGUCUAUUUGGCGGAAAAUUCGACAUUAUCUAAUGGGAUUUAUAUAGAGAAUGCCGUUGAUUUUGAGAACCCGCCCAAAAAUAGAGAAACAGAAUUGUUUAUGAGGAUUAUGUCUGAUGUUCAGAAUGGUGAACCUCCUGAAUAUUACUCGGAUCUUAAUGGUUUUAAUAUGCAAAGACGAGUGAAGAUUGAAAGAAUAGGUUUAGAAGGCAACUACUAUCCUACUACCACCACAGCUUAUAUUCAAGACAACAACAUCCGCCUCAGCCUUUUAGUCAACCAUGCUCAGGGCAGUUCCAGCUGGCAACCAGGCUUUCUAGAGGUUAUGCUUGACAGAAGAACUUUAUAUGAUGAUUCCAGGGGAAUGGGCGAAGGGUUAGUCGAUAACCGAAAAACGGUUAGUAAAUACUGGUUAUUAGUAGAAGACAUAUCACAAGUCAAGCCUGAUAGUAAGCCGCAGCCUAAAAGGUUUGAUAAUGGAGACGAUCCUUAUACAAAGGAAGAUGUUGUUAGAUCCUUCAACUUACCAACAGAACCACCUAAUACCGCAAAACAAGACGUAUUUUCACGACCAUCUCUCUACAGCAACCAUCUUUCAAAUUCCCUCAUCUAUCCAGCCAGCAUAUUCAUCGUGGACUCUGGUCAUCAAUCAACAAUGAACCAUUCCCUGAAGUUAAUAAACAAACCAUUCCCCUGUGAUACGCACUUAUUAACUCUCCGCACCCAACCAGAUCCCGUUUACUCCCAGUUUCCUUCCUCCAGCGCUUUAAUGGUCCUACACAGGCAAGGCCACGAUUGCGCAGUAGGAGGCAAUUAUACUUGUGAUGUAGAUAAGUUUGCGAAAGACUUAAAUUUUGAAUUUGCUAGUGUGAAAGAAAUGGAAUUGAAGACGUUAACAGGUUUAGACACAAUUUCCAGUUUACACAGUUUCGGUGAAAUUUAUUUGGAACCUUUGUCUUUAAAGACGCUUAAUGUUACUUUUGGCUAAUUUCAUUUUUUCGGUGUUUUUGGGCAUUUGUUUUUAAAUAUAAAUUGUCAGUUUAAAAUAUUAUCCACAAGGAAAUAAAGACAUAAACAAAAAUACAAUAGGCAAAGUUAAAUACAAUAGAGAACUUGCACAUUUUUGUUUUAUUACACAAUAUUGUUCAGUUUAAAACUGAACAAUAUGAUUUUCAAAAUAAGAUUUCCAAAAUUUCACGCCUCAAAACCUCAUAAUAAGUUAAAAAUACAAAUUUAAAAUCUUCUGUGUAUUUAAUUUAUUUCAAACGAUCUGUGACGUCAUAUCAUAAUAUUUAUAAUGACAAUUUUCAUUAUAGCCUGGGAGGUAGUGUCAAGUUUGACCGGAGCAUUUUAGCAUGGUUGUUUUCUUUUUAUUUAGUUAGGUGUUCCAAAGCUUAUUAACAAAUUAUGUGUCAGCUGGCCCAAAACCGGGGAUUUUAGGCAAGAAAAGGUAAAAUAUGAAACUUGAUGGAAAAACGCUACAACUUAUAUGUCAAAUAUUUAUUUCCGUUACUUACGUGUAUAAUCCGGGUUCAAUUCCUGGCGUUCGAAAUCUUUUUUGGUUUUUAAAAUUGACAUUUUGAUUUGAAAAAUAUUUUUUUUGUUGAUAAUACUACGUUUUAUUAUUUAUAUGACACAGUAUAAAAGUUACUCUACAUGAACCCCUGAAGCUUCCUGAGCUAGUACGACUUAUCUUAGUGAAAAGGGGGGUUGCCACCCCGACAUUCUUUUUUAUUGUUUUGGACAAACUGUUUUUUCUUAAUUUUAUAUGAUGUAGAAGCAAAAGAUACAUACAACCCUAAUUUUUCACUUUUCUAUCACCAACCCGCAUUCUUUAAUAGCAAUCUAAAUAUUUCCCUCUUCUCUAUAAUAUAUAAAAAUGAAUGUUUGUCUGUAUGUCCCUUAUAGAAUCGUAAACUAUGCAUUUGAUCAUAUGAUGACCUCAAACAAAGAUGUACAUGAAUCCGGUAAGGUUUCUGAGUAAGAAAUAACGACCAAUACGACCAACCUAAGUAAUCAUUAUUUACGCAGACAGCACAAAAACAAUAUUGUUUAUAAAAAAAAGUAUACUCAAUAUUUUUAGUAUUUUUUGGCUUUCUGGUAAUUUUUAGGUAUUUAGAUUUAAAUAUUUAGAUUGCUAUUAAAAAAUGGGAGUUUGUGAUAGAAAAGUGAAAAUUUAGGGUUGUAUCUUUCGGUUCUACAUCAUCAUAAAAUUAAGAAAAAACAAUUUGUCCAAAAAAAAUUAAAAAACAAUGUCGGGGGAGGUGCCAACCCCCCUUUUCACUUAGAUUGGUCGCACCAACUCAGGAACCUUCAGGGGUCAUGUACAAAAAAUUUGCUUAUUAAAGUCAAUCAUAAUAUGAUCAAAUGCAUAGUUUAAGAUUCUGUAAAAGACAGAGUUUUUUAUAUUAUUGUCUCGUAUAAAUAAUAAAAACGUGGUAUUAUAAAAAUAAUUAAUCUUCAAAUCAAAAUGUCAAAAUUUAAAAAAAAAAAAAAAUUUCCAACGCCAGGAAUUGAACCCGGGUCACCUGGGUGAAAGCUAGGAGCUAAGUAUUCUAGGCCAUUAAUAGAUGUAAGCCAAGGUGAUAAAUAUUUGACAUAAGUGUGGCGUAUUUCCAUCAAGUUUCAUAUUUUACCUUUUCUUGACUAAAAUCUCCGGUUUUGGGCCAGGUGACAUAUCAUUUGUUAAUAAGCUUUGGAACACCUAACUAAAUAAAAAGAAAACAGCCAUGCUAAAAUGCUCCGGUCAAAUUUGACACUACCUCCCUGGCUAUUAUGACAAUAUAAAAAUAUAUACCAGUUUGUUUAAAUUGGAAUUUAAUACAGCUUUUGAAGAGAUAGUAUGGAAUUGUGUGUAUGUGUGUGUGUACUGGGAGAAAAAAAAGUAAAUACACUUAAUAUGUUUCUGGAACUAUUUUUACUAUAAAAUUAAAAUAAACUAAUCAUAAUAAUAAAUAUUUUUUAUGAUCAUAAUGGGUAAGUUAUUAUACUGCCCUUUAGAAAAACCCUCUUUGGUCAUUUUAAAAAAGUUGUCUUAAAAACACUCAAAUAUUUUAAAAUGCAUGGUUCACAGCAACUAUCUAAAGAUUUAUAAAACUGAGAUACACCAUAAAAUAAUUAUUUUACAACAAGUUAACGAAUAUCAAACGUAAUAAAUUACAAGUUAUAAUGAUCUGACGUCACCACCAGUGAUGGCGCGUUUUUGGCUGGCUGCUAUAAUUUGAAUUUUCUUUCGACUUCGGGGGUCAAUCGGAACACAAAAACAACUUUUUUAUCUUUGAUACAUGUUUUAAAUUGUGUUCUGUUGUGAUUUAUAGCAUUUUUUUCGAAUUUAAAAUUUGAUUUGACCGGUUUGGAAUGCUUAGUUUAGAAAAAAUAGUUGAUUAAAUCGAAAAUGACGUUUUUAAAAUUAAAAAAAAAGUGCAUUUUUCUUAAAUAAAUCUAAAACUAUUCAUAAUAUGAAAAAAUGUUUCAAAUAUUAAUUGUAGAAUUUUUUUUACUGAAACCUUUGAUUAUUUUUUGGUUUUGUAUCACGAAUACUUUUAGGUUUAUUUAAGAAAAAUGCACUCUUUUUUACAAUAAUGUCAUUUUCGAUUUAAUCAACUAUGUUUUCUAAACUAAGCAUUCCAAACCGGUCGAAUCACAUGGAGCGUAUCAAUUAUACCUAAAUAAAGUUAAUUUCAAAUGGGAAGCUAUUCAUUUCUAUUAAUAUUGUAACGACUAGGGUAAUUUUUACAUUUCAAAAAGAAAAAGCAGAAAGCGACUUUAUUUUCGUCAAAGUCGGUCAGUUCUUAAGUUCUUAUGCAAAAAACUUUUGUCAGAGCUUAUUUGAAAGAUUUUUUAAUGAACUUUAAAAGAUGUCUCUUAAGUUUUCCCAAAAAAUUGCACCACAUUCGAGUUAUUUGAGAUUGAAGGUUCUCCAUUUCGAGGUCCUUCGAAAAUAACCAUCCUUUAAAGAGCAAUAACUCAGUCGUUAUUGGGUUUACCUAGGUCUUUCGACGCGAAUCUCUUUGUUUUUUAUUAGCCACAAUUUUCUUCUCAAUAAUUUUUUCUAUAAAAUUAAUUUUUUUUAAGUUAUUCAUGAAAAACGGUUAUAAAACGUGAGUUUUUUUCAAUGAAAAAUGCAUAGUUUCAAUCGCAAAUAACUUGGAAUGUGUAAAUUUUUCAAAAAAAUUUUAUAGAACAAGAUUUACUCAGAAUUGGUUACUCUAUCGAUUUCCAUAGUUAUUUUGAUUAAAAAAUUUUCAUCCCCUGGAUGGGGUUGUUUUCAACCCCAUAGCAAAAGCGCAGUUCGGCAUAGGGUAGAUUUUGAAGAAAAGUGUCAACAGAGCUUAAACCCAAAUUUUCAUUAAAAUCGGUGUUGAUUCUCAAAAUUCCACAGUUUUACAGUUUUGUACCGCUGAUGACUGGUCUAUUAGAUCAAAGUGUAAUAAUGACUAAUAAAUAUUGAAACAUUUUUGCCACUAGAGAAAUUUUCAUAAUUUAUCGAUACUUUACAAAAUGGCUUCUACCAAAUAUGUUGACUACUCCUCUAUAUUGAUUGUUGAGAAAAACUCGGGCUAUGUUCACGUGUUUUGUCAAUUUUUAGUUUUAAUAUAACAGUUUCGGAAACUAUUUCUCCUGCUAUUAAUGUACUAAAGUGGAUAAUAUUUUAAACAAUGGGGUAAUAAAACAAAAAAUAUCAAAAUAUUUUGUAGAUAAUUGUAAAUACCUAGGGACUUUGUUGAAUCAGAUGUGUAGGUUUUGUAAUUUUUUUUAUUUAUUAUUAAUAGUUUAAUUAUUAGUCAAUAUAAUAAUUAGUGCUGCAAUUUAUAAAUCAGUCAAUCUUGCCACAUUAACAAUUAUAGAAAAAAAACUUUUUAAUAGCGGUUAUUCCAAAAUAGUUAUUUAACCAACAAGUGUAUUAAUAAGGGCCAUUAAUAAUUGAGAUAUUUUAACGCGUGAGCGGGGCGAGCGCGUUAAUGUUCGAGAUUGUUAAUCGCCAUUUUAAUUCACGAGUUCGUUACAAAACUUUUCCGUCGACCGUACUUUUCAGAAAUAAAGAUAUAUCCAUCUUUUGAUUUUUCAAAUACAAAGAAUUUUAAACAAUAAAGUAAAUAAUGACAUACAAUGACAGAUAGUACUAACAGCGGCUACUUGAUUUUAAAUUUUUUAGUGGGAAUAUAAAUAAGUAUAUGUUUGGUUGCCUACACCACAGGUCACUGCCAAUCACAGAGCGUUUAAUUAAUUUAUGCAAGCAAUGUAUGUUGUGUUGCCUAUAAUGAAAUUAUUCAUUAAUAGAAAAUCAUUCAUUAAUAGGGGUCAUUAAUCAAUGAUUUUGAGGGUGUUAAAAUUGAUCAUAAAUGGCCGGUCGACGGAAAAGAAAAUUAUUCAAUGAUUUCUCCCUUCUAAAUUUAGCUACCUAAAGGUACGUAUCCAUACGCGUGUGUGCUCCGUGCUCGGUGUAGCUGCUCAAAUGGAUACGGCAUGCUCUCCCCUACAUAUAAACCGCAAACCGGUUGAAUCGAAGAGGAUGAGCGGCGAGCACCAACAUAUCCACUAUGUGGAGCUGCUACACCGAGCACGGAACACCCACGUAUGGAUACGUACCUUAAGGUAAACAGCUAACAGAAUGCAAAACAUUUUAAUAAUUCCUUAUUAUUUUUUGCCUUAUCAAAUGGAUAUGCGUCUAUUAUAAGACAUAGACCUUCUCCAGCAGUAGCCCCUCUUCUGCUCUGAGUUACUAGAUUCUGCACCUUCAUGUCUCUGUCCUCAUUAUUUGUCCCAUUAUUUGAACUUUAUAAACAUUAAAUAUCAUGUUUAUAUGGGAUUAGGCCAAGCACAAGCACAAUUUACUGUAAUGAAAAUUACAUUUUAAUAUUUUUAUUUGACGUUUCGAUUUCCACUCAGCAAAUCGUUUUCAAAAAAGAUUAUUUUAAAAUAAGGUGCUGGUUAUUAUAACCAAGUUGUUUGGCGGUUAUUGUUUUCCAAAUUGACAGUUGACUUCCUUGUUCUUGUAGGCGUAUAGCCAUUAUACUGCAUUAAUUUUAUCCAAUUAUAUUAUUAUAUCGUUGAUCUCAUAGAUUAACGGGUCAUGUUUUAAUUUCUUAGUUUUAUUGACAAGAAGAGCGGUGAAAAAGAAGAGGGGAAACCUAUGUAUAAAAAUAGAUAGCAUAACCUUUGAUAGAUAGAUAAAUAAAGUCCAAGUCAAACAAUUAGGCGUGCACGUCAUAAAUUUAAUGAUGUCAUAACCCAAUGGUACAAACCUGACGGCAAACAAAUUCAACAACAUUUUCAUCAUAUAUUAGUUUUUUCGCUACUGUUAAGUUUAGCAGGAAAGCGCUGUUGCCAAAUAAAAAACAUAUAUUUAUUUACCACAGCAGCUACCGGCUAUGCUGUUUCUCAUUGUCUUUAAGAGUGUGAAACAAAGAUAACUAUCUGUACUAAAAAUGUCAAGCUGAUGUUGUCCUAUAGAAGGUUAUGUAAGAUUUCUGUUUUAGAUAUAAAGUUUAGUCUACACACUAAAUUCUGUUACUUUAGUUUCUCGUUUUGAUUUUGAUUCAAAUUGUUGGAUAUUUUAAUUGCAGUAUAUUAAAACAAUAAUAUAUCUGUAUUUCAUCUUCCCAGAUUAUUAUUUGAAAACAAUAAUUUGACAUUGUAUAUAGCCUCCAAUAUUAUGGCAGACGUCAUAUAAAUCACCAAAUGUAACAAUGACGUCAUAUAAACUCAUCACUAAUUCUAGCCAAUGAAAUACUCGCUGUAAUAGACAUGACAUGUCAAUAAAACGUGGUUGUUCCCUAUAAUAUGUAUAUUUUUUCAAAUUUAGAAUAUGACAAGGGGAAAAUUACGUGCAACUCUUAUUGUUUGACUUCCUUUUUUAUAGAUGAUAGAUAUUUUUAUCAAAUUUUAAUAAUACAUUUUUGUUAGCUGCUAUUGUAUCACAUUUUGUUGUUUUUAAUUUUCUUAUUAAUGUGUAACACAGCUUGCUUUAUACCACAGAUCUUUAGUUGUAAACUUGUAGGUUUACCAUGUUAAAAAUAGUGUUUACUAUGUUUUACAUUUUUUAAACAUUUAAAAAUAGGGUUUUAUGAUUUUUCAAAGGGUUUCAUCUCCCCUGUUUCGAGCAAUAUUUUUGUCCUCUCUGUGUCAGGUCAUGUUUCUGCCGCGGAUGUCAAUAUAGGUCUGAUGAAGGCAACCUGCGGCUCUGUUUGCUCUAUUCACUUGAUCUUCCACUUCUGUUUCGAGCUUUCCGUAUGUAGAUAGUGUGAUGCCUAAAAGUGUGAUGCCUUUAGAUAUUUCAACUCUAUCAAUUAUUCUAUUAUCUGAUCCUUCAGCUUUAAUUUACAUCUUAUUGAAUUUGCUGUUUUAACCAUGUUUUUUAUCUUUUUGUGGAAAUUAAUAUGUUAAAUUUCAUGGCGGUUAUAUUAAAUUGGUGCAGCAUACGUUGUAUCAUCUUCACUUUGAGAGAUUAGUAUUGUAUCGUCUGCAUAUACUCCUUCUCAGAGGCAUCUUUCAGUGCGCCAACAAAAAAAAAGGUAGGUCCGUGAUACAUACAAAUUUAUAAUAUUUAUUCCAGUUGUUGAUAGAUGGCGCUAUAAUCGGAUAAAGAGAUUUAGGUAUUUACCCAUUAUUUACCUAUUAAUGAUGUGUGUCAUUAAUGAUGUAAUAUAUGAUUUUAAGAAUUUAAAGAAUCAUAGCAUGACAUUUUAGUUAAAUCUGACAGUUGUCAGAAUCGUAAUCGUAAUUUGGUAUUAAAACAAAUGAAUUGUGUUUAUUUCAUUUAUAAAAAGGAACGUUCUUUGAUUUGUAUAGUCUUAUAAAUUGUACAGAUUAUAGUUGUAUAGAUAAUACAUAAAUCAGUGUUUGUUGGAUUAUAGCGCCAUCUAUCAACAACUAGAAUAAAUGUUAUAGAAAUUACUUUAAUCACCGACGUACCUUUUUUCUGUCACUUACAACUUAAUGCGUUAGAAAGAAAUCGAAAAACUGUGACGCACUGAAAGAUGCCUCUUAGAAGGAGCAUAGCAGGUUAUUUUAAAUUGUUUUUCUCCUAUUUGGCAACCUUUAUUAGUUUUUACUUUUUUUAUUAUUUCAUCCAUAAUCAGGUUGAACAAUAAAAAACUCUGGGAAUCCCCCUGUGUUAUCCAAUUGCCAACUUCAAUUGGGUGAGUGAGACUCGAAAAACAAAACUCCCACUGUUGCAAAACACGCCAGUCUUCAAAGAAAAUUUGUGAAAAGUUGCAGUUUUGUGUUUUGUGUUAUUCGACACGAGUUUGUGUUUUGUCUUUGUUUUGUUCGUUUAGUGGAAAGCCGCCAUAAUGUUGGUAUCACUCUAUAAAUAAAAAAAAUAGGACAAAAAAGAGGUAUUGGUAUUUUCUCGUAAAUCUCUUGCAUGCCAUCCAAUUUAACGUUAUCAUUUUCACACACUGUUGCCGUAUUUUGUGGAUAUAAGCGAAUGUAGGGAAUCAAAAUAUUGAAAAUGCAAUACGUUUAGUUUUAGAUUAGGUAUAAACGACUCAAGGAAUAGCUAAAAUCGUCAACAUUGGUUAUGAGAAGGAGUUACAUUGCCACUGUAGAAUGACGAAUGACCGAAUGAAUCGGCAGUGAAUUAAGAAAAUUGGGUUGGCAGCGGGGAGGCAGUGCUACCAUUUAUAGGCCUUAUUUCUAAUUUAAAACUAAACAGUGUAUUAUGUACUACCUACAUUCUUCUCGGUAUGUAUAAUUAAAAAUUGAAACGAUAAAUAAUAAUAAAUUUAAAUUUGUAUUAACAAGUUUAUAUACGUAACAAACUGUUACUUAGCAAAAUCAAUAUUGCUAUAAUGACUAAAAAGUAUGCUGUAUGAUUAUAAGUGUAAAAUAAUGUUGACACAACCUUUACUUUAUUUUUUAGAAUUAAAGUAAAAGAAAAUGGAUCUACAGUUUAGUGGUACUUACCUUUAGAGGCCUUUUUCAAUUUCACACAUUUAGAAGUCCUUUAUCUUAAAUUUCACCGUUAACUGUAAAAUAUGAGUACUAUUAAGGGCGUAGACGCAAAAUUUUCAUUUUUUUCGAAUCCUGAGAAAACUAAUAUGUAUUUUCGAAAAAUUUAAACGCAGAAUGAAAGAUUGCAUUAUUACCGAGGGCCAAAAGUCCCUGAAAACUUCUAUAAUGUUUAUUUUAAUAAGUUACAGGGGUGAAAAAAAAAGAGAAAAUUUAGUGUUAUUUUUAAUUUCAAAUAUCUCAUCCAAAUGAAACUGUUUGGUUAUUCUAAGGGACUUUCGGCCCUCGAUAAUAAUCUUCUAUGUUUAAAUUUUUCAAAAAUACUUAUUAGUUUUUUCAGGAUUCGAAAAAAAAGUCGCGAAAUUUUGCGCCUACGCCCUUAAGAUCAUAUCUACCUAUAUUUAGCAAAAUUUUCUACAUAAUGUCUUUAUAGUAAUCAAAUAGCACCUAAUCGGUGAAAUUUAAACAAUGUAGAAUAAAAAUAUCAGCGCUAGUUUUUUAUAUUAUAAAGCUUUUAAAAAUUGGUACUUUGGAUAUUUUUUAUAAUAAAAUAAUUUUAGAAAUUCUCUUUGAAUACUGGUAUAUAUUCGAAGAGUUAUGAUUUUACACUGCGUGACAGACAAAACGGGCCACUCACAAAAUGGGUCAUUUUUGAUGUCUCGAAUUUCCUAAACCUCUUGUCCGAUUUAAGUGAUUUUUUUAAAUAUGUUACAGCCUUAUUCUCUAACAAUAUCGCUGUAAUAAUAUUGUUGCUAGACAGGUAAAUUGCUUACACGAGAGCUCUAAAAUUAUCGAUUUGUAUCCCGAGUGACACUUUGACAGUUUUAUUUGACAGUAUUAUGUCAAAGUGUCACGAGGGCAAAACAAAUCGAUAAUUUUUAAGAGCUCGAAUGUAAUUCGGUAAGAUUAUUUUAUGAAUAAAACAGUUUUUGAAAUAAUUUUCGUUAAUAUUUUAUUGAUAUCUUCGCCUGAGUAUUUGCUAAACCUGUUCAUGGUGUUCUAUUUGACAAGUUCUAAAACAUUAAUUGUCAUUAUUGUCAGUGAAUGUUCAUUUUUGCGUAGCAAGGGCAUCUGACGUAAUACUUGACGACGGGAAAUUAUCGAAAACAAUUACCGUUGUAAUAAUUUUUAUUCUUGGUCUAUUGGUGUCUCUAUGAAUGAAAUAACCAUUAUAUACUAGGUGUACUAAUCAAACUGUGUUUUUUUUCUUAAAGUUCACCAAGGCCUGUGGAAUAUUCUUGCAUUUAUAAAAUACUGCAAUUAAAACCCAACUAUAGCCUCAAGUUUUCUUAACAUUCUGUUUUUUGAUUCAUUCGCUUAUGUUGGAUAAUAAAAAAGUUAGGUACUUUAACAACUAGCCAUAGUCUUCAUCAAUACAGGGUGUUUCUAAAUAAGUGCGACAAACUUUAAGGGGUAAUACUGCAUGAAAAAAUAAUGACCGUUUGAUUUAUAAACGUAUGUCCGCAAAUGCUUCUUUUCCGAGAUACAGGAUUUUGAAUUUUUUCUUAUCAACUGACGAUUUAUUUAUUGCUCUAAGAACGGUUGAAAUAUGCAAAUGAAAUUUGGUAGGUUUUAAGAGGUAGUUAUUGCGCAUUUUUUGACGUACAAUUAAGAAUUUUAUAUUCACCAUUGGCGUGCAUACGGGUAAUAUGAACCAACAACAGUAUGAAAAUUCAUUCAUCGAGAAAAUUUGAGACAUCAAAAAUAACCCAUUUUGUUGGUGGCCCGUUUUCUCGGACGCGCAGUGUAUUACAUUAAUCUAAAUAGAUCCCAAUCAAUACUUGCUGUGUAAACCUUAAACCUUCCAUAAUUCUGAAAGAUCUGCAUUGUUGUGUUCUUUGCGUUUUAUGUACUAGUUUAUUAGAUGUAAAUUAAUGAAGUUGUUUGUAUGUGCUCGAUUUUAUAUUGGUGACUUUUAUUACUUUUAUAUUCCAUGUGAAAAUUUUACUAAAAACCCAUAUUUUAAUUUUACAAUUUGUCGAGGCACUUUCGAUCUCAGAAAAGUUUGUCUAGAGCUAGACCACAUAACGUAUUUAAACUACUAGCUAUGAAUGAAUAUAUCCUAAUUCAAAACGAAUAAUGUCACAUGAGAAAAUAAGUAAACGUUUAAAUUAGAUAAGGCGAAAACGACGGGUUCGUUGGAAAAAAUAUUCUCAUGAGAAUUUUUUGCAUAAUCACAUUCGUGAAACACCCCAGAAUAAGGUUCAAGAAGUCGCCCACGCGAAAAGUGGUCCAAAUUUUUUUAACAAUUUUUUUUAAUCAAAUUGUAAUAGUCAAUAUUUUCUGUCCGGACAAAUUUUUUUUAGAUUUUUGGACCAUUCUGGACAAAAAAGGUAUGUUGUAAUUAUUCUCUAAAGUUGAUCUUUUUCGAGUUAUAAACAAUUUAAAAUUUGAAAAACGCGAAUAUGGCCAUUUUUAAGACUUAAUAACUUAAGUUAAAAAUUAUUAUUGUGAAAGUCAGAAACUGACUAAAUCAAAGUUUAAAGCCCCCCUACAUGAUCCUGAAGAAAUGUGUGUCAUUAAUUUAUUACUAAACUGUUAUUGUUAAUUAUUAACAAUGAGCGGUAAUAUCGUGUUGACGCGGCUGUAAAUGUGAGUGCGAGUAAGAUGCACAAUUGGACUGCCGGAAUGGCAUCUCUCUCGCAGUCAACAUUGACAGCCGCCUAAUACGUGCAUGGCGCUCAUUAUUAUUACUUAAAAAUAACAGCUUAGUAAUAAAAUAAUGACAAAAAUUUUUUCAGGAUCUUGUAGGGGGGCUUUUAACCGAGUUAUUAAGCCUUGAAAAUCGACAUUUUUCGUUUUUUUUUUUUAAUUUUAAAUUGCUUAUAACUCGAAAACGAUCAACUUUAGAGAAAAAUUAUAAGAAACCUUUUUUGUCCAGAAUGGUCCAAAAAAUCAAAUAAAAACUGUCCGCGCCAAAAAUAUUGAUUUUUUCAUUUUGCAUAAAAAAAAUUGUUAAAAAAAAUUUGGACUACUUUUCACGUGGGCGACUUCUUGAACCUUAUUCUGGGAUGUCUCGCGAAUGUGAUUAUGCAAAAAAAUCUCAUGGAAAUAUUUUUUCCAACGAACCCGCCGUUUUGCCUUGUCUAGAUGUGAAUAUUAAAAGUCUAAUCUAAAAUUAGACAAAAGUCUUUUUGAAUGGUUAUUAAACUUCUUUAUAUAAAACACUAAAGUUUUUAAUUUCUUUCUUAACAAAUGGCAGCUGUAAGUCACGUGCAAUAAUACAAACCAUAACCACGGUGUAUUGGGUACCAUUUUUAAUGUUUUAGACUCAAACCUCAGUCUAGAGCGACGCUGAACCCCGUAGUUGAAUGCUCCAAAUAUGUUUAUUGUAGAUUAACUAUUAUUAGUUUUGAACUUUAAUUGGUAGCUGACAAACAAUUUCCGUAGUACUAAGGUACCUUUCACAUCUUCCAUUAAGAUAAUAAAUCUCUGUAUUUCAGGCAAAGAUUUUUGCAAUCUUUCAGUGUGCAAAAGAAAUGAACAUGAAUGCUUUAGAACUGAAGCGCAACAAUAUAUGCACAAAUAGUCAAGCAUCUAUGGGCCUCUCAUAAUCCCUAAGGUGGAUUUAGGAAUUUUAGGUGGAACGGAAAUAUCAGUUCCAGACCAUCGUGGAAAAUCUGGUAACGAAAGAGGUGAUGCACUUGCCAGAAGGUCUACUUCGGUAGGUAAGGAAAAUACUUCGGUCUAAAACCGGCCGUGUGAAUGCCAAAAAGCAUCGUGCAAUAACAAAAAAGCCUAAAUCCAAAGACAACAUAACUGGAAAAAUAUAUCCGAUCACAUGACAAGAUAUAUAUUGGACGGACAUGUGGUAACAGUUCUGAAGUACUGUAGAAAAUAAAAAGGAAUUACCUAAGUAUCAGAACAGGCUUCCCUCCCUUCCAGCUGAGUUUGGCUGGUUUGUUUCCUUGUUUUUGACUAUUCUGCCCAUUAAAAUAUUGAAAACUAAUGGAUCCAGACUAUCUUUUUGUUUGAUUCCUUCUUCCAUUCCAAAGUGUCAUGAUCUUGGGCAUGGCCUCACAUUUUUAUACACACUUUUGAUAACUUUUAUGAUUCUGUUUUGCCUUCAGAGCGAAUAAAUCUUUAGCCUUUGACACACUAAGUAAAAAUACAAAACCCUACACUUGAAAAAGCCAUAAGAGAUUAACAAGAAAGGUUUUUAAUGCAGUCUUUACUAAGCUUGAAUCAGUCUAGUGAUUUAUCUGUAUAUAAACAAAUAUUUCAAAACAAGGGUUUUUAGUAAAAUUGUCAGUUAUUAUAAUAUGUGCAAUGAACAUUUCCCUCCUGCUAAGAAUUAGUAAUAUGUGUUAUUAUCUAGCAAAGUGAUUUGAAAAAUAUGUUUGAUAAUUGUAUAAUCUAUCUAGAGACUUGUUUGUUGUAACAGAAAAAAAAUUGAAAGAUGUUAUUGGAAACAUUUAUUGUGAUGUUUAAUUUUAGCAGAAAAUAUUUAAAAAUAAAUAGUUAUAUUUGUACCAUUAGAGAUCUAUGACUGAUAAACUGGUCUCUAUAUUGUGAAUUUAAAAACUAUUGGGUGUAGAUUUUUGUGAAAUUUAUUUUUAUUUUUACAAAUAAAGUUUUAUUGAUU